UUGCUUGACAUUAAAAUAUGGACUUCUAAGGGCAGUUGGUUGCUGGUUGCCAUUCAGCUAAUAAUUAUAUUGUUUUAUGAGAGACAGAACUGAAAACGUAGAGUAUGAGAUGCAUCUGAGGUUGAGGUGGGGAAGUAAGCUGAAAUACACAUGUACAAUUCAAAAUUUGGAUAGCAAAACAACUGAUUCAUAGUGCUCUCAAAAGGCCUAUACUUAAAUUUACUGAAAUGAUUACUGGUUGACCCAAGUAGAGAUACAUUAAAAACUUGUAUUAACUCCUGGCUUAAAAGUGCAAUGGAGUGCUUCCUUUAUACUGCACAAUAAGAAACUAUUUUAAAAAAAAUUUAACCAAGGUCAGUGUCUGAAUUUCCUGUUAGUAACUGGUUGUCCAGUUUUCCCUAAUUCAAGGAAUAGAAGUAGUUAGCCAGCCUGGGGAGGGCAUGCCUCAGGGAAAGGAAAGAAUCUGUGAAUGCAGUAUUUUUAAUCUUUUGAUGUUUACAGAAGAAUUUUGCUGCACAGGUCAGGAAAGGCAGUUAUGGUUCCCAUGGGAACUGUAACUAAUUCUGCUUCAUUAUGUAUCUGCAUGCAAAACCUAAAUGUAUUAAGGGAUAGCAUAGCUCUGGAACUAUAAUUCCUAUUUUUAACCUUCUGUGUGUUAAAACCCUUCACCACAGUGUCACAUCAAUGUUUUAAUCAUGCCCCUUAAAGAAAGUGAUCAGCCACACACCUGCAACCCUCAUAUGUGACUUUGGAAUGCAGGAAGGGAAAUGGGCCAUAGAGGAUCCGUUCAGUGAUCAGAUGCUCAAGUAACAGCUUACAUGUGACCCUAGAGAAGGAAGCUUCAGGGGGUCUAGUGGCCACUUCAGUCAUUAUCAGCGAGAUUUACAUUGGCUUGUAUAAUCUCAGAAUGUACAGGCUUUUAACAAAUGUUCAGUAUUUCUGCAGGCUCUGCAAUCAAGUAUUACUUUAAUAGGUUGGAAAGGCUCAAGAGUUCGGAAAGCAGUGCUGAUGUACACAAGAGCUAACUGAAUCUCUUAAAUAUUUAAAACAAAAAGCAACAUGCUCUCAGUUUUGUUAUUUCUUACUGCACUUCAAGAAAAAAAUACAGAUCCCCAUGACAUGCAUUUUCUCCUGUGGAAGACUCUCUAGAUACUUAAGUCUUAGAAAGUAAAAAAAAAAAAAAAUGUUGCUUUGAUACAGAAAUCCAAAACAUUUAUCUUUAAGUGACAAGAAUUAGUGAAGCCGAAAAGCGUACCAGAAAACAAUCUUCCAUUGAAUCAAAGAAUUUUAGUGCAACGGAGAACACAGAUGGAGAUAUUCCCCACUUGUAGCCUGCUUGCCUCAUCACCACACAAAAUGGGAAAGAAACAGAAUGGCAAAGGUAAAAAAGUUGAAGAGGCAGAGCCUGAGGAAUUUGUUGUGGAAAAAGUCCUGGACAGACGUGUUGUAAAUGGAAAGGUGGAAUACUACUUGAAGUGGAAAGGAUUUACAGAUGCUGACAACACAUGGGAACCUGAAGAAAACUUAGAUUGUCCAGAGCUAAUCGAAGCUUUUCUGAACUCUCAGAAAGCUGGUAAAGAAAAAACAGAUGGUGCCAAAAGAAAAUCCUUGUCAGAUAGCGAGUCUGAUGAUAGUAAAUCAAAGAAGAAGCGUGAUGCUGUUGAUAAACCAAGAGGAUUUGCAAGGGGUCUUGAUCCUGAGCGGAUAAUUGGGGCUACAGAUAGCAGUGGAGAGCUUAUGUUCCUCAUGAAAUGGAAAGACUCUGAUGAGGCAGAUCUGGUGCUGGCCAAAGAAGCUAACGUGAAGUGUCCUCAGAUCGUAAUCGCUUUUUACGAAGAGCGACUAACUUGGCAUUCAUGCCCAGAAGAUGAAGCACAAUAAUUAGUUGCAUUGCUUUUUUAUAUAUAUGAAUAUUAAACCCGGAAAUUUGAUUUAUUAGCAAUGUGAGAAACAUACAUUCUAACAAGAAUCAAAUUUGAUAUUUUUUUGAAGUAGUAUGUUUUGCAUCAACAGCAAGUAAAUAAAAGCUUUCUGCGACUUGUUUCAUUUAUCACAAGAGAGCAUUUGAUACUACUACUUCCUCCAUAUUAGGUAAAAGCUUUUAUAAAACAUUCAUAAACUUCCAUAGUUAUUAAAGAAUCAUAAUGAAUGUUUAAACAAACUCACAGAUGUUUUUGUAGUCUUCUAUACUAUUGAUGUGCAUGUACCUCCUUUACCCAAACCUAGCCCUUUAAAACUGUAGAAUCAUUCUUUUUAGUAUUUGGGAUCACCUGGUCUCAAGAAGACCAGGUGAAAACUAACUUUGUAGUAAUUUGAAUGUUAUCAGACUGUAUAUUGUUUACUUUAUUGUAAAUACUGGUGAACAGUGGUCAAUAAAAUAGUUUUAUAUUCUUCCUUUA